AUGAGAGGCAUUCUUUCUUUAAAGAGAGCAGUGUUGGCUCAACAACGUAGUGAGAAGUUGGGUAUUGGUUAUAGAUUAUUUAGCACUCAGGGUGCAUCAACUGCAAGUACACCACAGCCUCCACCACCACCUCCACCUCCAGAGAAAACCCAUUUCGGUGGCCUUAAGGAUGAGGACAGGAUUUUUACCAACUUGUAUGGGAUACAUGAUCCUUUCCUGAAAGGUGCCAUGAAAAGAGGUGAUUGGCAUCGUACUAAAGAUUUGGUGACUAAGGGUACUGAUUGGAUUGUUAAUGAAAUGAAGAAGUCUGGUCUCCGUGGACGCGGUGGUGCUGGUUUUCCUUCUGGCCUCAAAUGGUCGUUUAUGCCAAAAGUAUCUGAUGGCCGCCCUUCUUACCUUGUUGUUAAUGCAGAUGAAAGUGAGCCCGGUACUUGCAAAGACAGGGAAAUUAUGCGUCAUGACCCACAUAAAUUGCUAGAAGGUUGCUUAAUUGCUGGAGUGGGAAUGAGGGCUAGUGCUGCUUACAUCUACAUCAGGGGUGAAUAUGUAAACGAACGUUUAAAUCUUGAAAAGGCUAGGAAAGAGGCUUAUGCAGCUGGUCUAUUGGGUAAGAAUGCUUGUGGCUCAGGCUAUGAUUUCGAGGUUCAUAUUCACUAUGGUGCUGGAGCUUAUAUUUGCGGUGAGGAAACUGCCCUCUUGGAGAGCCUUGAAGGGAAGCAAGGUAAACCAAGAUUGAAGCCUCCUUUCCCAGCCAAUGCAGGGUUGUAUGGUUGUCCCACCACUGUUACAAAUGUUGAAACCGUAGCCGUCUCUCCAACCAUUUUAAGGCGUGGGCCAGAAUGGUUUUCCAGUUUUGGUAGGAAGAACAACUCUGGGACAAAGUUGUUUUGUGUGUCAGGACAUGUGAACAAGCCUUGCACGGUUGAGGAAGAAAUGAGUAUACCACUGAAGGAGUUGAUUGAAAGGCACUGUGGAGGUGUUAGAGGAGGAUGGGACAAUUUACUUGCUGUGAUUCCUGGAGGGUCAUCUGUUCCACUGAUCCCAAAAAAUGUAUGUGAUGAUGUUAUGAUGGAUUAUGAUGCGUUGAAGGCCGUCCAGACAGGUUUGGGGACUGCAGCUGUGAUUGUGAUGGAUAAGUCUACUGAUGUUGUGGAUGCCAUUGCAAGGCUCUCGUACUUCUACAAGCAUGAAAGCUGUGGGCAAUGCACACCAUGCAGGGAGGGAACAGGAUGGCUUUGGAUGAUCAUGGAAAGAAUGAAAGUUGGGAAUGCUAGGCUGGAAGAAAUUGAUAUGCUUCAGGAGGUGACUAAGCAAAUUGAAGGGCACACAAUCUGUGCCUUGGGUGACGCUGCCGCAUGGCCAGUGCAGGGACUCAUCAGGCAUUUCAGGCCUGAGCUUGAGAGAAGGAUUAAAGAGAAUGCAGAGAGGGAGUUGCUGCAGGCCACCGGUUAG